GUAUGUGAAAGCGUGCGCGCCGCCCCGACAGGAAGACCCGCAUGCGUGAUGUUUGGGACAUAAUGGUGGAUAGGUAGGCAACACACUACAGCUCGAUAAGAGUUGCUCGUCAGCUGUUGACCAAUUUCCAGUUGUUGUCUUGGUCCUUUCGGUUCGCUGCCGCUGCCCGCUCAGACUGAACGACGCCCCAAACUGCAACAAAAUGCCAAAUAUUAAAAUAUUCAGCGGUAGCUCACAUCCGGACCUGUCUCAGAAAAUAGCAGACCGCCUGGGUCUCGAGCUGGGAAAGGUUGUUACGAAGAAAUUUAGCAACCAAGAAACAUGUGUGGAAAUAGGGGAGAGCGUUCGUGGGGAAGAUGUCUACAUCGUGCAGAGUGGCUGUGGGGAGAUCAAUGACAAUUUGAUGGAGCUGCUGAUCAUGAUUAACGCCUGCAAGAUUGCCUCAGCCUGCAGGGUCACUGCCGUCAUCCCAUGCUUUCCGUAUGCCCGGCAAGACAAGAAGGACAAGGUGGGGAGCCGCGCUCCUAUCUCUGCCAAGUUGGUGGCCAACAUGCUGUCUGUGUCAGGCGCUGACCAUAUCAUCACGAUGGACUUGCAUGCCUCACAGAUACAGGGGUUCUUUGAUAUUCCAGUUGAUAACUUGUAUGCCGAACCAGCUGUGCUGAAAUGGAUUAAAGAGAACAUCCCUGAAUGGAAAAACUGUACCAUCGUCUCCCCUGACGCAGGAGGAGCAAAGAGGGUCACCUCAAUAGCAGACAGGUUGAAUGUGGACUUUGCCCUUAUUCACAAGGAGAGGAAAAAGGCAAACGAGGUGGACCGCAUGGUUCUCGUCGGAGAUGUGACUGAUCGGGUCGCCAUUCUAGUGGAUGACAUGGCUGACACAUGUGGCACAAUCUGUCACGCUGCUGACAAACUAAUUUCUGCUGGUGCCACCAAGGUGUAUGCCAUCCUGACCCAUGGCAUCUUCUCUGGCCCCGCUAUCUCACGCAUCAACAAUGCCUGCUUUGAAGCUGUGGUGGUCACCAAUACAAUCCCUCAGGAGGAGAAGAUGAAGCAUUGUCCCAAAAUACAGGUUAUUGACAUCUCCAUGAUCCUUGCAGAGGCCAUCCGUAGAACUCACAACGGCGAGUCUGUGUCGUACCUGUUCAGCCACGUCCCCUUGUAACAAAUGGUGUGUCCCAUCUAACUGUGUGCUGUUACACCAAAUAAGAGAAGAGGGAAUUCCCCAACCCAAACACAACCAUUGGCAAAGAUGUUCUGCUAACCAACCAUGAGAAAAAAAAAAGAAUGAACUGAUAUCAUGUCUGUUACUAAUGCUGACCCCGUCACUUAAGUCCCUUCCCCCUUGAGCAGUUUCUCUUCAUGUCUGGACACCAAAGCAAUCGCAAGCAGCUAGGCCAGCAUAUUUAUUGUACUUGGAUAAUAAGUGUUUAUCCACUGUGAGCUUUGUCCCCCCCCCUUUCAUCACAUUUAGGUACAGAGUUUCUCCUGGACAUUACACUUCCCUAGGAGUCAUUUCAAUCAGUAGUCAAAGAGCUUAUUUAAAUAUCCCCGGCAGGUGCUGGUGGUCAGGAGAAGCAUCUGCCAUUAAGCUGUUACAGUGCUUUUUGUUACAAUGAACGAGUGUAGAUUUUAAUGUUGCUCCUAUGUCUGCUGAUGGAACGAUUAUAAUUUAUGAAGUGAAUGUGUAUUGAACUAGUUUACAGUGCCACUGAAGCUCCACUCAACCCAAGAGUGCCUCAACAGUCUGAAAUCAAAUAUGUUUUUCCUCCAGUUUUCUCCUUUCCCCACUCCUAUGUAGCUGUGUUUAUUGUCUCAUUGUAUGAAGAACUUUCAUCAGGUUGUAAAAGAUGUUCUGGGAUGUUUCUUUCAACUCUUGAGGUGCCCUCCAUUGAGUGGGGUUUGCCCAGUGUCCAGGGUUUACCUGUUGAGGUUCUGCGUUGAAGGUCUUUCUAUAAAGAAGCUCCCUGGUUUUUAGUUUGGGGUCUCUGCAGGCUGGAGCUUCCUUCAGUAAUGUUCACCUGCUAUUUUGUUUUUUUUGUUGGGGGCUCUUUUUUUUAUGUCUCAAGGAAGGGAUUUGUCAAUGUGCAUAUUCCAAACCUUUGUGUUUACUUUUUCAGUAGGGUGAAUCCGCCGGUUAUCUGAGGAUGUGUUCUUAAUAAAAUUAUAUGUAAAAUCUUAAA